CUGGCAGCCCCGCGCCGCGCCCCGCUCAGCCGGCUCCCCGCGCGGCUGGGCCUGAGCGCCGAGCCCCGGCUACCGACAUGUCCGGCAAGAUCGAGAAAGCAGAUUCUGAGCGUUCUCAUCUCUCCUCGUUCACUAUGAAGUUGAAGGGCAAGUUUCAUUCACCAAAAAUCAAGAGAACUCCUUCAAAGAAAGGAAAGCAAGCUGACCUGACAGUGAAAACACCAGAGAAGUCAGCAAACAAAAACGUAUCAUGGUUAGAGGAGAAGGAGAAGGAGGUUGUCAGUGCGUUGCGCUACUUUAAGACUAUUGUGGACAAAAUGGCAAUUGAUAAAAAAGUGUUAGAGAUGCUGCCAGGCUCAGCAAGCAAAGUGCUGGAAGCCAUCCUACCCUUGGUGCAAACUGAUCCACGCAUCCAGCAAAGUUCUGCCAUCUCAUCCUGCUACAGCCGUGUGUACCAGAGUCUGGCCAACCUCAUUCGCUGGUCUGAUCAAGUGAUGCUGGAAGGUGUGAAUUCAGAAGACAAAGAGAUGGUGACAACAGUGAAGGGUGUCAUAAAAGCUGUUCUGGAUGGAGUCAAGGAGCUGGUCAGACUCACGAUUGAAAAGCAGGAGCAUCCCUCUCCCACGAGCCCAGUUAAACCCAGUUUACCAGCGUGUAAAUCUGACAGCCCAUCAGAGCUUCCCCUUACAGACCGAGAAAUGGAGAUCCUCAACAAAACAACUAACAUGACUCAAUCCAAUGAGCUACUGACUGACUCCAUGGAUGAAGAAGUUGCACCUCCUAAACCCCCUCUGCCUAGCAUUCGAGUGGCAGAAAACAGCCCUCCACCAGCAUUGCCCCCUAAAAAACGGCAAUCAGCACCUUCCCCAACCAGAGUGGCAGUUGUGGCCCCCAUGAGUCGAGCCACCAGUGGGUCCAGUUUACCUGUUGGAAUCAACAGACAGGAUUUUGAUGUCGACUGCUAUGCCCAGAGAAGGUUGUCAGGUGGAAGCCACUCCUAUGGGGGGGAGUCUCCUCGCCUCUCACCGUGCAGCAGCAUUGGCAAACUCAGCAAGUCUGAUGAGCAGCUCUCUUCUCUGGACCGUGACAGCGGGCAGUGCUCCCGCAACACAAGCUGUGAAACCUUAGAUCAAUCGGAUCACUAUGAUCCAGACUAUGAAUUCCUGCAGCAGGACCUCUCCAACGCUGAUCAGAUUCCUCAGCAGGUGCCAGGUAUCCUCAGCCCAUUGCCAGAGUCCUUGGGUGAGUCUGGCUCCCCUUUCCAUGGACACCCUUUCCAGCUCCCGCAGGGCAGCUCUCCUCCACUGGAAUUCUGCAGCCUCUCAGGAGCAGCACAGCCAACAGAGACUCCUCCAGCUUUACCAGAGAAGAAGAGGAGGAGCGCAGCCUCUCAGACUUCAGAGAACUCAGGCUGCAGGGUGUCCUAUGAGAGGCACCCUUCCCAGUAUGAUAACAUCUCAGAGGAUGACAUGCAGAAUGCAGCCUCUGUCCCAUCAGUUCCCUUCACGCCGUUUGCUGCUGUUUUGCCUUUCCAGCAAGGAAACUCUUCAGCACCAGUUGAAUUCAUUGCUGACUUUGCUGCUCCAGAUUCUAACAGUGACCCAGAGAAGCCACCACCUCUGCCAGAGAAGAAAAACAAACACAUGAUGGCAUAUAUGCAGUUUGUGGAAGACUACUCAGAGCCACAGCCAUCCAUGUUCUACCAGACCCCUCAGAACGAGCACAUCUACCAGCAGAAGAACAAGCACCUCAUGGAAGUCUAUGGGUUCAAUGACUCCUUUAUCAGCUCAGACCCAUCUCAAGAUCUGGCACCUCCUCCAGCUCUCCCACCGAAACAGCGGCAGCUGCAGGCCUCCUAUGCUGCCUCUUCUUUCUCUUCUGUCUCCUACUGUGUCCAGCAAACUAAAGUGCCCUUCACCCCCGAGGACACCGGUGCCACUCAGGGCCUCACUAUGUCAGUCUCUAACUCCUUUCUCAACCGGCACAGCUCCUUUCCUGUGCACUCGUACAAAUCUGUGUUUAGGUCCUACUCCCAGGAUUUUGUGCCUCACAACCAAGUCUCCAUACCUCCUUUCCUCUCUUCUACCUCCUCCUCCUGCUCCACCCCACCUUUUCCACCCGUCCAUCCAUCUCCGAGCUCUGACCUAGCAGUGCCCGCUGCAGCCAGCCAGUCACCCAGCACUGUGGAUGUGCCAAACUCCUCUUCUCAGGAGAGCAGCUUUAAUGGGAAUGCUCCUGUCUGCCUUCCUUCUGAAACCUCUUUCACUGAUUCUCUCCAGACGCCUUCGAGUGAAAACGCCAGCGAGGAGGCUGGUGAGGGUGAAUACGUCAAUCUGUACUCCUCUGGCCAGAGCAACGGGGAACUCCCUCGCUCUGAAGGAGAAUCUCCCUCUGUCAAAGACAGCCUCUCCAAAGACUCCACUUCAAACAGCAGUGCCAUGGGGAAGGAAGGCAAGGAUGGUACUGAAAGGCAGCAGCAGUCACCAGAUGCUUUGGAAUCGUCACAGCUGGAGGAAGAAGUAGAUGAGCUAUCCCUGAUCGACCACAGUGAAAUUAUGUCCAGGUUAACGCUGAAGCAAGAGGGAGAUGAUGGGCCAGAUGUUCGUGGUGGAUCUGGAGACAUUUUGUUAGUGCACGCGACAGAGACCGACAGGAAAGAUCUGGUGCUGUACUGUGAAGCCUUUCUGACUACAUACAGGACAUUUAUUACCCCUGAAGAGCUCAUCAAGAAGCUGCAGUACAGAUAUGAGAAGUUUUGCCACUUCCCAGACACGUUUAAGAAGCGGGUCAGCAAGAACACCUUCUUCGUGCUGGUGAGAGUGGUGGAUGAGCUGUGCUUAGUGGAGUUGACAGAGGAAAUUCUCAAGCUGCUGAUGGACCUGGUGUUCAGGCUGGUGUGCAAUGGGGAGCUGAGCCUCGCCAGGGUGUUACGCAAGAACAUCCUGGACAAAGUGGAUCAGAAGAAAAUGCUGAGCUACGCCAACUCCAUCAAACCUCUGGCAGCCCGUGGGGUAGCAGCCAGGCCAGGGACUCUGCACGAUUUCCACAGUCAUGAGAUCGCCGAGCAGCUGACCCUGCUGGAUGCUGAACUCUUCUAUAAAAUCGAGAUCCCAGAAGUUUUGCUCUGGGCAAAGGAGCAAAAUGAAGAGAAGAGCCCCAACCUGACACAGUUCACAGAGCACUUUAAUAACAUGUCCUACUGGGUCCGUUCAAUAAUUAUGCUACAAGAGAAAGCCCAAGACCGAGAGAGGCUGCUCCUUAAAUUUAUCAAGAUCAUGAAGCACUUAAGAAAGCUGAAUAAUUUCAAUUCCUAUCUGGCCAUUCUUUCUGCACUGGAUUCUGCACCCAUCCGGAGGCUGGAGUGGCAGAAACAAACCUCAGAGGGCCUGGCUGAGUACUGCACGCUGAUCGACAGCUCCUCGUCCUUCCGCGCCUACCGCGCAGCGCUGGCAGACGUGGAGCCCCCCUGCAUCCCCUACCUAGGCCUGAUUCUGCAAGACCUGACCUUUGUACAUCUGGGAAACCCUGAUUACAUUGACAGCAAAGUGAACUUCUCCAAGCGCUGGCAGCAGUUUAACAUCCUGGACAGCAUGAGGUGCUUCCAGCAAGUCCAUUACGACAUCAAAAGGAACGACGACAUCGUGUCCUUCUUCAACGACUUCAGCGACCACCUGGCCGAGGAGGCCCUGUGGGAACUGUCCCUCAAAAUCAAACCUCGGAACAUUACGAGGCGGAAAACAGACCGAGAAGAGAAAACUUAGGCCAGGGGAGUGUGUGUUGUGAGCGAGGAGCAUCGACCCUCCGCCGCGCCCAGGGCACAGCCGCAGCCCGGGCUCCGCGCCCGCCGCCGGCUCAGGCGGCCCGAGAGCGGCCGGCGCUGGCUGCGCUCACCCUCCUCCUCCUCCUCCCGUCCCUCCGUGCCAUGAAUCAGCUUUAAACCCAGGGAGCUUCCCGAGGGGAGGGUCCCAGCCAAGCGUGGGGCUGGUUUGGCCGCCCGGCUGCCUCCGGCCUGUUGUUUCCAGCCACGGUGAGGGUCAGCAGGAGCUCGGCGCCCACGUGCUCGUCUGCGGGCUGGUGUUGAGGAGGCAGCAGCCGCGGAAGCCGCGGGGUUUGAGUCUCCCCUUGCGAUGCCACCUCGAAACGCCUUCAGCCCGGGGAGGCGAGGCCGGCAGAGGCUCCCGCUGCCUGCAGGAGCUCUGCUGGGAGAGCUGCUUGUGUUUACAGGGGUCUUGGCUUUACCCCACAUCUCUGGCGCCUUCGUCACGGGAGGAAGGCACCUGCCGUACAUGCGGAAGAGGCACUGAAAACGUGGGCAGGGACCCGCCAUCUCCAGUCAGCUAUCCCCCUCCUCCUCCUCCUCCUCCUCCUCCCACAUCUCGUUAUUUAAGCAACGUUAACCCCUCCAAACCCUGGAACCGUGGACUACCCGAGGUACUGUGGUUCACCCAUCCCGUGGGCCCAGAUCUUUUAGUGAUGGUACUAGCUUUUGCACAGGAAAUGCUGUAGUAUAUGAGACUGUAAAUAGUAGUGUUUAGAAUCCAUUGGGGGGUUGUUUUUUGAUGCAUGUCUGAAUAUCGAUGGGUUUAUAGGAAAAAAGAAAAGCCACAACAAAACAAAGUGUAAGAACAGUUCUGGAUAAAAUUCACACCCAGUGACAAUGUUGUUCCAAGUGCUGGAAGAAAGGAGGCUCGUGGCAGGGGCUGGCAGCAGAGCGGGUGCAGGAGCUGGGGUUGGAAAUGGGGAGCAGGAAGGAGCCCUGUACUCUCCACCCCGCUCCUCUCUCCUCUCACCAGGUGGUUUUUCCAGUCCCCAUCAGGCUGCCCCUCGGUGCUGUGCUUUGUGAGGAACCCGAGCAGGUCCCUGUCCCCAUGUCCCUGUCCCCAGCAGGGCAGGGCCAGCGUGCAGUGGGAAGGGGAGGCAGGGGGGUGUCUCGUUUCCCACACACGCAGCAUUAACCCCGGUCUGUUUGGUGUGCCUUACCCAGCCCCUCUGCCCGCUCUCCGUGUCCCACCCAGCGCAUCCUCCCCAGUGCAGUCCUCUCUCUCUUCAUCCUCCAGGUCACAGGCUGGGUGGUGGGGCUGAGGGUGUUCUAGCAGCCUCACACAGCCUUUCCCUGCGUGGUCACAGGUUUUUAGAGUUCUGCCUAACAAAACCCUGCAGGGUCAGGGCAGCAGCUCGCGAGGAGCCCGGCCGGGGUGUUUCACGGAGCAUCCUCAUUUCUCAAUAACAGCUCCGUGUUUGCUAAAGCCUCUCUGUUUGCUCUGUGUGAAUCAGAGUUGCCAGCACUUCCUUCUACAAACAGAUUGCAAAGGCUGAGCCGGCUCUGUGCCCACGGCAGCUCUGCCCGGCGGAGGGCAGGAGGGAGCACCCAGCUCACCGCACUCUGCCCUCAGCCCUGAUGUGCCUGUUGAUUCAGGCACGGGACUGGUGCAGGAGCCACGUGCUGAGGCACAGAGAGACCCCGCAGUCCCUGAGGGCAUCUCUUGCAGGAGGAGAGGUGGGCUCCAACAACCCUGGGUGCUGUGCAGCCCCGGAGCAGGGGUCCUCCUGUGCUGAAAGGCAGCACCCGAGCCAGAGCGCUUCCCCACUGGCUGGUUUUAUGGCACUAAGGGCACUGGAGCCGUGUGUGGCGGAGGUUUGCAGCCCCACAGGCUUUCCAGCCUUCCCCCCAGGGGGUAAUGCACCUGUUCUCCUUUGUAAAUGAGACAGGACAGGACUGAGGAGGCAAACAUAGCCCAAGAACAGCCCAAACACAGCCGUGUCUGCACAGCCCCUGGUCCAGCCCCGUGGGGGUGGGUUGGCAGAGCGUGGGGGGAGCUGCCAGCACCGCAGCCCCUCGCUCCCCCCGUCUGGGACUGGAUGCCACAGGGGGACAGGAGGUUGCAGCUGGGCUUUGGCCCUGCCUGGCUGCUCACUCUGACCAGCAUGAGCCAUUCCCAGGUUGUGCCCUGCACUCGAAGCCAAGAGCCCUCAUAACGCUAAAGGUGGGGGAGGUCUUGCUCCCUGCCCCCCCCCCCCAAAAA